AUGUCUGAAAACUGUCAUAUGGUACAAGAACGUUUUGAAGGGAACUGGUCACUAAAGAAAUAUGAAGAGAUAGUUCAGAGACUCUCAACGCCAACAUUUAGUUGUAGUUCAACAGAGAAACUGCCUCCACUUCCACCUAUAGUGAAGCCCGAAGUCCCAUCCUCCUUGUAUGCUAUGGUCACACGGAAUGCUACUCAUCCACCUUUAAUGAAUUCUUUCACCUUGACUAAAGCUUCCCCAUUCAAGGAACAGAAAUACUGGCGUUCACCUAGUCAAUCCAUUGGAAACAAUUUUUCUCCAAAUGCUGCUAACUUAUCAAUGAAAAGCCUAGCAAAAUGUGAUGGAUUAUUUAAAAUCCGUCCCAAAGUGGAGAAAGAGAAAGAUGAAUUUAAAAGCAGGAAACGUUUUAGGGUUAUGUCUCCAGAGGAGCAGAUCGAUCAAAUGAAAAUCUUGGAGAAAGAAAGAAAUAUAAACCGUCAGAAGCCAUCAGAAAGAGAUAUAGAAAGAUAUACUUACUAUAUAAAUAAAGGUAUACCAGAUUAUAUGCUUGCUCCAUUAUCGAAUGAACUAUGGGAAAGUUUACAAAAAUAUUUACCAUUGAAUUUAACAUCGACAUGGCCAACUCAAUUUGUUGAUUUACAACAAGAAAUACAUGAUGAUUAUGUAUAUGCUAUAAGAAAAUCUAUCGUGGACUAUAUUCUACUAGAUCCAGAAGAAAGAAAAAGAUUGUUUAUUGAAUCGUUACCUAUUCCAUACCCAAAUUUCGUUAUUCGAGCUCCUGUUCCAUGGCAUACAACACGUAAAAAAGCAUAUGAAUUCUGUAAACAGUAUUUAUUUACAAUUGGCCCAAUACCAUUAGCACUGCAAAAAAUUUGGUGUACAGAAUUUUCUCAUCUACGUUUUGUAAACUAUAAUGAAUUAGUAAAUCUUCCAGAACCUUUGGAACCAAUAGAAUUUGAAAAACUUAUCAUUCAACAAUGUCAAAAAACAAGAGAAAUAUUACGUAAAAAUUGGAUACCAACAUGUGCAAAGACUAUUACUGAAUUAAGUAAUACAUGGUCUCAUUUAAUGCCAGUUAGUUCAUCUGAUUCAAUGGAGUUAGUUCGAUUAUUUUUUGCAUGUAUAUCAGCCUUAAUGUCUCGACAGUUACGUGAUAUUGUAAAUAUAUCUUUACAAGAUUUACUAAAGGUAUUACAAAUUCAUAAAAAUGGAAAUAAAUUUGAAAAUCAAUAUGAUGAAUUGAACUAUUUGUAUAGAUCAUCAAUUUUAUUAAAAUUACAUAUAUCUGAUCCAAAAAUUAUAUUUAUACCUAGUUUUCGUGAAAUUCGUGAUUGUCUAUUACAUUGUUUUCAAGCAAUAAUAAAUGCUGCAGAAAAUCUACCUAGAGUUGAAGUGGAUAUUUUCCCGGAACUAAGCUCACAUUCAUUAUACUUACGUUCAGUAACAUUUAGUGAUCAAUCAAUAAUUGAAUAUACAGAUCAAGCAAUGAUUAUUUUUCGUGCUAAUUCAAUAGGACCAAAAGAUUAUCUAGAAUUAUAUCGUCCAUAUAGUAAUUUAUUUAAUAAUAAAGCAGAAUUAGAAUUGAAAAAUUUUCUAAAAGAAGGUCAUUCAUUAUUAGCUAUUAAAAAGAAAGUUGAAAGUUUACAAGAUUUGAAUACUGAACUCUUAUUGUUACGACAAACUGUCCCAAUGAGUUUAUUUUGUUUAAAUUGCCAAGAUGUAAAUGAUGAGUUAGUUAAACGUGUGUGGAAACUACAUGAUCUAAUAGCUACAUAUGAAAUGGAUGAAAAUCGUGAUGCAAACAAAAGAAUUUGUUGCCAGUAUGAUGAAAUAAUGAACAGAUUAAGUGAAACACCGAUGAAUACAGAAGAUUUAGUGAAACUACAAACAUAUUUACGUGAAGUAGGCAAUACAUUAGUAUUUAAAUUGAAAGAAGAAGUAGCUGAAUCUGCAGAACGACUAAAUUUUCUAUUGGAUUACGCUCUUUUAUCAUAUGAUGAUAUUAAAUUAAAUGCUACACUAUUUAAUUGGCCUGAACAAAUUAUAACUAUUAUUGAUAAUACAAAUAUACGUUUAACAACAUUACGUGAUAAUGCUGAAGAUGAUUUAAAACAAAGAAUAAAAGAUUUAGAAAAACGUAUAACUAAUUCAUGGGAUCGUAUUAAUUUAAUGCGUCGUCGUGAAGUAAUUUCACUUGAUGAAAUGUUAAAAUCUCAAUCAAUUCUUGAUGAUUUUCAAGCAGAUCUAGAAAUAUUAACAUUAGAUGCUGAACAAAUUAAUAAAGAAGAAAGUCUUGUUGGUUGGGAGCAAACAUCAUUCCCUCAAAUUGUAGAACUUAAACAACAAAUGGAACCAUUUGAUAAUUUAUGGCGUACUGCACUUGCAUUUGAUGUAUAUAAUAAGGAAUGGUUUGAAUCACCCUAUCAUACAUUGAAUCCGAAUGAGAUUGAACAACAAAUUACUGAUAUGUAUAGAAUAAUGCAUAAACUUACCAAAACUUUAACUGAUCUACCAGGACCAUCUAAGGUGGCACAAAAAGUUAAAGAUAAACUAACUAAAUUUCAACAGUUUUUACCAAUUAUUCACAUUGUCUGUAAUCCAGGCAUACAAUCACGUCAUUGGGAUCAAAUGAGUGAAAUUGUAGGCUUUGAUAUUAAACCAAUGGAAGAUACUAAAUUAGUGACAUUUUUAGAAUAUGGUUUAAAACCAUAUUUGGAACAAUUAGAAGAAGUUGGUGCUGGAGCUGCUAAAGAACAUCAACUUGAAAUGGCUAUAGCUAAAAUGAAAGGUGAAUGGAGUUUAAUGAAGUUUGAAUUGAUAUCUUACAGGGAUACAGGAAUAUCGAUAUUAUCAGCAGUUGAUGAUAUACAAGUUAUAUUAGAUGAUCAUAUUAUUAAAGCACAAACAAUGCGUAGUUCACCAUAUAUUAAACCAUUUGAAGAAGAAAUGAUUUCAUGGGAAACAAAGCUGAUUUCAAUGAAUGAUAUAUUAGAUGUAUGGUUGAAAGUACAAGCUACAUGGUUAUAUUUGGAGCCAAUAUUUUCAUCUGAAGAUAUUUUAGCACAAAUGCCUGAAGAAGGUCGUAAAUUUGGUAUUGUUGAUGUAAUAUGGCGUGAAUUAAUGUCUGAGACAGCAUUAAAUCCAAAUUGUUUAAUAGCUACUGAUCAAAGAGACAUGUUAAAACGGUUGAAUGAUGCACAUUUAUUACUUGAAGAUAUACAAAAAGGAUUAAAUGAUUAUUUAGAAAAGAAGAGAUUAUAUUUCCCACGAUUCUUCUUCUUAUCCAAUGACGAAUUAUUAGAAAUUUUAUCUGAAACAAAAGAUCCUCAAAGGGUUCAACCACACUUGAAAAAAUGUUUUGAAGGUAUCAGUCGAUUGAUAUUUACAGAACAACAAGAAAUUAUUGGAAUGACAUCAGCGGAAUCUGAAUCGGUACCGUUUGUUACCAAAAUUCAUCCAGCUAAAGCUAAGGGUAUGGUUGAAAAAUGGUUAUUACAAGUUGAAGAUGUUAUGUUAAGCAGUUUAAGAAAAGUGAUUGCUGAUAGUGUUCAGGCAUAUCCUGAUAUUUUAAGAAAAAAAUGGGUAUUAGAUUGGCCAGGUCAAGUUGUUAUUUGUGUAUCAAGCAUUUAUUGGACAAAAGAAGUACAAGAAUCUAUUAAAAAUAAUCAAUUAACUGAAUAUCAUAAUAAAUGUAAUCAACAAAUUGAUGAUAUUGUACAAUUAGUAAGAGGAAAAUUAACCAGUGGUGAACGAAUCACAUUAGGUGCACUUACAGUAAUUGAUGUACAUGCACGGGAUGUGGUAACGUCUAUGGUUAAGAAUAAAGUGAGUUCAACUCAAGAUUUUGAAUGGUUAAGUCAACUGAGAUAUUAUUUCCUACCAGAAGAAUCGAAUAAAGUAACUGUAUGCCAAAUAACAACUGAAUUAGAUUAUGGUUAUGAAUAUUUAGGCAAUACUCCAAGAUUAGUGAUUACACCAUUGACAGAUCGAUGUUAUCGAACACUUAUGGGUGCAUUAAAAUUAAAUUUGGGUGGUGCACCAGAAGGACCAGCAGGAACUGGAAAAACUGAAACAUGCAAAGAUUUAGCUAAAGCUAUUGCAAAACAAUGCGUUGUAUUCAACUGUUCCGAUGGUCUUGAUUAUCGUGCAAUGAGUAAAUUUUUCAAAGGAUUAGCGCAAGCUGGUGCAUGGGCAUGUUUUGAUGAAUUCAAUCGUAUUGAAUUAGAAGUAUUAUCAGUAGUGGCUCAACAAAUUCAUUGUAUACAAACAGCUAUCAGUGCUGGAUUGAAACGUUUUGUAUUUGAAGGUACAGAAUUAAGCCUAAAUCCAACGUGUACAAUGUUUAUUACAAUGAAUCCAGGUUACGCUGGGCGUCAAGAAUUACCAGAUAAUUUAAAAGUUCUAUUUCGUUCAGUUGCUAUGAUGGUUCCUGAUUAUGCACUUAUCGGUGAAAUAUCAUUAUAUUCAAUGGGUUUCAUUGAUGCUAGAUCAUUAUCUAGUAAAAUUGUAGCUACUUAUCGUUUAUGCUCAGAACAAUUAUCAUCACAACAUCAUUAUGAUUAUGGUAUGCGUGCUGUUAAAUCUGUAUUAACAGCAGCUGGUAAUUUACGUCAAAAAUAUUUCAAUGAAAAUGAAUCUGUAUUAUUAUUAAAAGCAAUUAAUGAUGUAAAUUUACCAAAAUUUUUAUCACAAGAUAUACCAUUAUUUGAAGGAAUUAUAUCAGAUUUAUUUCCUGGUAUUCAAUUACCUAAAAAUGAUUAUAAUCAAUUAAUUGAUUGUUUACAUCAACAAUUACAUAAUAAUCAAUUACAAUAUGUACCAUGGUAUUUAAAUAAAAUUUUACAAAUUUAUGAAAUGAUACUUGUUAGACAUGGUUUAAUGAUUGUUGGUGAUACAUUAAGUGGUAAAACUAAAUCAUAUCAAUUAUUAGCUAAUACAUUAAAUCAAUUAAUUGAAACAAAUCAAAUUAUUAAUGAAUAUUCAGUACAAUAUAGUAUUAUUAAUCCAAAAUCAAUAACUAUAGGACAAUUAUAUGGACAAUUUGAUAUAAUAUCACAUGAAUGGUCUGAUGGUAUAUUAUCUGUAAUAUUUCGUGAAUAUGCUACAAUACAAGAUAAUAAACGUAAAUGGAUAUUAUUUGAUGGACCAGUUGAUGCUGUAUGGAUUGAAAAUAUGAAUACAGUAUUAGAUGAUAAUAAAAAAUUAUGUUUAAUGUCAGGUGAAAUAAUACAAAUGUCAUCAUUAAUGAAUUUAAUAUUUGAACCAGCUGAUUUAGAACAAGCUAGUCCAGCAACUGUAUCUAGAUGUGGUAUGAUUUAUAUGGAAUCAAUACAAUUAGGUUGGAGACCAAUGGUUAAAUCAUAUAUUGAUUAUCAAUUACCAAAUAAUUUAAUCAAUGAAUUAAAAGAAUUAAUUAAUGAUCUUUUUGAAUGGCUUGUUGAUCCAUGUUUAGAAUUUAUACAAACUAAUUGUAGACAAUUAUUUUCUAUAUCUAAUUUACAUGCUGUUAAACAAUUGAUUACAUUAUUUGAUUGUUUAUUAGAUGAAAUACGACAUUGGUGUACAUUAGAUCAUAAUGCAGAAACACCGGAAAUUGGUUCACCACAAGCGAAUAUGUCUGUUCAAACUGUUUAUUUACAAAUUCAAGCAUUAUUUCUUUUCUCAAUUGUAUGGAGUUUAGGAUCAUGUUUACCAACUGAAUCAAGAGGAAAAUUUGAUUUAUUUUUUCGUGAUCUAAUUUCUGGUGUAAAUCAACAACAUCCUAAACCAAAAACAAUUAAAUUAACUAAAGCAAAUUCAUUUCCAGAACGUCAAACUGUUUAUGAUUUUUGGUUUGAUAAAAAAUCUCAAGGAUCAUGGACUGAUUGGAUUAAUUUUAAUUGGAAUCCAAUGAAAGCUGGACAAUGUUAUAAUCCUAAUGAAUCUAUAACAAAUGUGACGAAUUCUGAAAGUGGUAUACCGAAUUCAUCAAGUUCAAUUGGAAUUGAUAAUGAUUCACAAAGUGAUAUGAUUGUUAGUACAAUUGAUACUGAACGAAUGUAUUACUUUCUUAAUCUGUAUACAACACAUCAUAUUUCAUUACUUUUAGUUGGACCUACAGGAACUGGUAAAUCUGUUAUUGCUAAUAAUUAUCUUAUUCAAUUACCUAAAGAAAAUUAUUUACCGAAUAUUUUAAAUUUUUCUGCACGUACAACUGCUAAUCAAACACAAGAUAUUAUUAUGUCACGUUUAGAUAGACGACGUAAAUGUGUAUAUGGUCCACCUAUAGGUAAACAAUGUAUUGUAUUUAUUGAUGAUUUAAAUAUGCCAAUGAAAGAGAAAUAUGGUGCUCAACCACCUAUUGAAUUAUUACGUAUGUGGCUUGAUCAUAAACAUUGGUAUGAUAGAAAAGAUAAUACAAAACAAUAUUUAGUUGAUGUACAUUUUAUGGCUGCUAUGGGACCACCUGGAGGUGGACGAAACAAUAUUACAUCACGUUUAACUAGACAUACAAAUGUAUUAGGUGUUAAUGAAUUUGAUGAUCAAACAAUGUUAAAAAUAUUUACUACCAUUACCGAUGCACAUUUUUCAAAUGGUUUUGAACCACAAUUUAUGAGAUUAAGUAAAAUAUUAGUUCAAGCAACUUUACAUGUUUACAAAUUGUCUAUAUCAACAUUUUUACCAACACCAGCUAAAUCACAUUAUGUAUUUAAUUUACGUGAUUUUGCACGAGUUAUCAAAGGUAUACGUUUAGUACCAUCAAGUAAUAUGAAAGAAGAAGAUAAACUAAUGCGUUUAUGGAUACAUGAGGUAUAUCGUGUAUUCUAUGAUCGAUUAACAAUGAUAGAAGAUGAAAAUCAUUUCUUUGAUAUUAUUCGUCAAACAUGUUCUGAUAUAUUUCGUACUAAUAUUGAUAAAAUAUUAAGUCAUUUAAGUUUAAGUGGACGUGUUACUGAUAAUGAUAUUAGAAAUUUAUUAUUUGGUAAUUAUAUACAAGAUGAUAGUUGCUAUGAUGAAGUAACUGAUUAUAAAUUACUUAUAAAUCGUAUGGAAAAUUAUUUAAAUGAUUAUAAUACAAUAUCUAAAACACCAAUGAAUCUUGUUAUGUUUAAAUUUGCUAUUGAACAUAUUAGUCGUGUAGCACGUGUUUUAUUACAAGAUAAUGGUCAUGCAUUAUUAGUUGGUGUCGGAGGUAGUGGUCGUCAAAGUGCUACACGUUUAGCUAGUCAUAUUGCUGAUCAUGAAUUAUUUGUCAUUGAAAUAACGCGUACAUACGGUGUAAAUGAAUGGCGUGAUGAUAUUAAACGUUUAUUACUUAAAACUGGUUUAGAAGCUAAAUCCACUGUAUUCUUAAUUACCGAUAACCAAUUAAAGCAUGAAUCGUUUAUGGAAGAUAUAUCAAUGUUAUUAAAUUCAGGUGAUGUACCAAAUUUAUUCCCACCAGAUGAAAAAGCUGAAUUAAUAGAUAAAGUACAAAAUAUUGUACGUUUAGAAGCAAAAAAAGCCGGUGUUAAAAUUGAACCGGAUCCAUUAGCAAUGUAUACAUAUUUUACACAAAGGGUUAAAAAACAUUUACAUAUUGUAUUAGUGAUGAGUCCAAUUGGUGAUGCUUUUCGAUCACGGCUACGUAUGUUUCCAUCUUUGAUUAAUUGUUGUACAAUUGACUGGUUUCAUGUUUGGCCUGAAGAUGCACUAGAAAUGGUUGCAAACAAAUAUUUUGAAGGUAUUGAAUUUGCAGAAAAUAUACGUGAAUCAUCUGUUACUUUAUGUAAAUACUUUCAUGAAAGUGUGAGAAAAUUAUCUGAAAAAUUUUUAGAGGUAUUACGUCGGCACAGUUAUGUAACACCAACAUCAUAUUUAGAAAUGAUACUUACAUUUAAAAAAUUAUUGCAUACAAAACGAACUGAAUUAACUACAAUGCGUAAUCGAUAUUUAAUUGGUUUAGAAAAAUUAGAAUUUGCUGCAAAUGAAGUUGGUAAAAUGCAAAUUGAAUUACGUAAUUUACAACCAUUACUUAUUGAGACCAGUACAGAAACUGAUAAAUUAUUACAUAAAAUUGCACAAGAAUCUGUUGAAGUUGAAGCACAACGUGAAAUUGUUGCAUCCGAUGAAAUGAUUGCUAAUCAAUCAGCAUCUAUAUCGAAAGCAAUUAAAGAUGAAUGUGAAUCGGAUUUAGCUGAAGCUAUGCCAAUACUAAACGAUGCAUUAUCAUCUUUAGAUACAUUAAAACAAAGUGAUAUUACAUUAGUUAAAUCAAUGAAAAAUCCACCAAAUGUUGUAAAAUUAGUUAUGGAAGCUGUUUGUAUAAUGUUAAAUGAGAAAGCUGAUCGUAAACCAGAUGGUACAGGUCGAAUGAUUGAAGAUUAUUGGGGCCCAUCAUUAAAAUUAUUAGGUGAUCUUAAAUUUUUAGAUCGUUUAAAAAAUUAUCCAAUUGAUAAUAUUUCUAUAAAUAUUAUGAAAAAAAUUCGUGAUAAUUAUAUACCAAAUACAGAUUUUGAUCCAAAAAUUGUACGUAAUGCAAGUACAGCAUGUGAAGGUUUAUGUAAAUGGAUUAUUGCAUUAGAUAAAUAUGACAAAGUAGCUAAAAUUGUUGCACCAAAAAAAGAAAAAUUAGCUAUUGCUGAAUCUGAAUUAAAAGUGCAACUAGCUAAAUUAGCUGAAAAGAAAGCUGCAUUAGAUGAAAUUCAAGCGAAAUUUCAAGACUUACAAGAUCAAUUAGAAGAAAUGCAAAAAAAGAAACAAGAUUUAGAAGAUAAUAUUGAUUUGUGUAGUAAAAAGUUGGAUCGCGCAGAAAAACUGAUCAGUGGAUUAGGCGGUGAGAAAACACGAUGGACUGAAGCUGCUGCAGUGUUAAAAGAACGAUAUGAAAAUAUAAUUGGAGAUGUUCUAUUAAGUGCUGGUGUUGUUGCUUAUCUUGGACCAUAUACUGUUGAUUUUCGUUCUCAAAUACAAAAUGAAUGGCAUGAAUUAUGUCAAAAAUUAGAAAUUCCUUGUUCUGAAGUAUUUCGUAUCUCUGAUACAUUAGGUGAUCCUGUAAAAAUUCGUUCAUGGAAUAUUGCUGGACUACCAGUGGAUAAUUUUUCCACUGAUAACGGUAUAAUUGUCACAAAUUCUAAUAGAUGGGCAUUAUGCAUAGAUCCACAAGGUCAAGCUAAUAAAUGGAUUAAAAAUAUGGAAAAAGAUAAUAAAUUACAAAUUAUUAAAUUAAGUGAUACACAUUAUUUACGUACAUUAGAAAAUGCUAUACAAUUUGGUAUGCCUGUAUUAAUGGAAAAUAUCGGUGAAGAAUUAGAUCCAAUAUUAGAACCUAUUUUACAACGUUUAUUAUUUAAAUCUCAAGGAAGUUGGUGUAUACGUCUUGGUGAUAAUAUAAUUGAAUAUAAUUCAAAUUUUCGUUUUUAUAUAACUACACGUUUACGUAAUCCACAUUAUUUACCUGAAAUUGCUGUUAAAGUUUGUUUAAUUAAUUUUAUGAUAACACCAAUUGGUUUACAAGAUCAAUUAUUAGGUAUUGUUACAGCUAAAGAAAAACCAAAAUUAGAAAUAAUUAAAAAUCAAUUAAUUAUUGAAUCAGCUAAUAAUAAACGUCAAUUAAAAGAAUUAGAAGAUCAAAUAUUAGAAGUAUUAAAUACAUCACAAGGGAAUAUUUUAGAAAAUGAAACUGCUAUUAAUAUAUUAAGUUCAUCAAAACAAUUAAGUAAAGAAAUAAUUAAAAAACAAACUAUAUCAGAGAAUACACAAUUAGAAAUUGAUUCAACACGUAAUGGUUAUCGUCCUGUAUCUGAACAUGGUUCAUUAUUAUUUUUUUGUAUAUCGGAUCUUUCAAAUAUUGAUCCUAUGUAUCAAUAUUCAUUAACAUGGUUUAUUAAUUUAUUCUUAUCAGUAAGUUGUUUUGUUUUAUUUUGUUUGUUUUUAAAGUUUUUCUUACAUUUAUUGUAACAUUGAAUAAAUUUAAAUUAGUUUUAUUUAGAUUUUAAUUAAUGUUUUGUAUUGAAACAAUUGUAUUAACAAUGAUUCAUUUGAAUAUGAGAGUAUAGUUUCCUAGCAGUGAUCUAUAUGAGCUGAUGUGUAACUAAGUAAUAUUGUGAAAUUGUAAUCUAAUCAUUAUAAAAUGAAAGAUAUUGAUAAUUAUUUGGGUUUAAUCCAUUCUAUUCAAUGAUCACAGUAUAUUAUUACGCUGGAUAUAAGGUAACGUAGGGGUAUGAACAGAGAAACAAAAAAAGGUAUGACAAACUAUGGAUGUUAUUUUUUCGGAACGUUAUUUCAUUUAAUUCAAAGUUUGUAAAAUAU